AUGGGAUCGCCCCUCCCCGUCCGGUCGGCCGCCCUCGCCCGCGACACCAACGAGACCAAGAUCCAGCUCGCCAUCAACCUCGACGGCGGCGAGUUCCCAGCAGACACCGAUGCGCGUCUUCUCAAAGCCACAACCGCCCACGCCUCCCAGUCCAGCAAGUCACAAAUCAUCUCAGUAAACACCGGCAUCGGCUUCCUCGACCACAUGCUCCACGCGCUAGCCAAGCACGCGGGCUGGAUUGACGACCACCACACCGCCGAAGAUUGCUGCAUUGCCCUCGGGUACGCCUUCAACCAGGCGCUCGGGAGUCUUGCCGGCGUCGCUCGAUUCGGAUACGCAUAUGCGCCGCUGGACGAGGCCCUUUGCCGCGCCGUUGUCGACCUGUCCAACCGUCCCUAUAGCGUGAUUGAUCUGGGCCUGAAGCGCGAAUGGCUGGGCAAGCUAAGCACCGAGAUGGUCCCUCACUGUCUGCAGAGCUUUGCGCAGGGCGCGCGGGUCACCUUGCACGUCGACUGCUUGCGGGGCGACAAUGACCACCACCGGGCGGAGAGUGCCUUCAAGGCCUUGGCUGUGGCGAUUAAGAUGGCCACGACGAGGGUCGAGGGCAAGGAGGGCGAGGUUCCUAGCACUAAGGGAACACUGAGUGCUUGA